AUGCCGAAACAGUCAGCUGCAUCCUCCGAGUCGCCUCACAAAGACGCACCUGCGGACGCGCCCGGUCUAGCGUCAGCCUCCCAUCCCGAUACCUUUGAAGUUUCUACUCGUCUUACUCUUAAUUUGCUGAAGUAUGACAUUCAAGAGACUAAAAACAAGGUAUUUCGUCUUGAGAAUAAGAUCGACACUAUUCUCACCAAUACUACUCCUCGUCAUCCAUGUAUUUUCUGUGAAGGUGACAAUGAAGACGGUCACCGCUCUUCUGUUUGCUCUGUAUUCCCUGAUCCAAUUGCUAGAUCGUUUCGUCUACGAGAUCUCAAUAGAUGCAUCUCGUGCCUUGCUCCCGCUCAUGGCCAAUGCUCGAACAAAUGUCGUGGUUGCGGAGGAACUCAUCAUGCUAUUCUCUGCACCGAGCGGUCAAAGCAAGGGCCGCCGCAGAAGCGACAAAGGCUCGAACACUAA